AUGAGUCAUGCUCUCCAGUUGCGCCAAGCCAAAUUAUCAUUCCCAUCUGUGUACCUCCUAGUUGGAGUGAAGUCUGACAAACUGGUACAAACCCACAAAUUUCAUACUGUCAUAACACAUGGUGAGUGGUCAACAAGAAGCUGUGCGACACUGCCAUUGGGUAGAUGA